GACGCUCAGUCACAGAGACAAGGACAGUGCUGGAGUGUCAUAUAACUAAUAUUUUAUUAUUUAUUAUUUUCUGACGUUUCUGAGUCUGGAUUUGGAAUGAAGAUCCUCCUCAUCUUCACCUUCAUCCUAAUUCCAGCUGUUACUGAUGCUGUAACUACAGUAACUGGAUACAGAGGAAGAUCAGUUCAGAUUAAAUGUCCCUAUGAAUCUGGAUAUGAAGAUUACAACAAGUAUCUCUGCAGAGGUGAAUGUUCCUAUUCAGGGAGUACUGACAUUCCUGUUCAAUCUGGAUCUCGUGCUAAAGACCCCAGAUUUUCUCUGUAUGAUGACAAAACAUCCCGAGUCUUCACCGUCACCAUCACUGAUCUGAGACCUGAGGAUGGAGGCACUUACUGGUGUGCGAUAGAGCGGAUAUUCGCCGAUAUUUACACAAAGAUUCUCCUGCAGGUUAAAACAGUUGAUCCCACCAUCAGUUCUGUCUCACACACCACACACUUCACUCCAACCCAUGGGGACACGACAGUAACAGAUAAGUUACUAACUUAUACUACCCACAAAACCCUCAUCACUCCCCCAUCUCAGGGAUUCACAACUAUAACUGUCACAACUGUCUUGCCUGUUGCUCUAGUGCUGCUUCUCAUUGGCCUUUUAUCAGCUGGAGUGAUACGGUGUAAAAAAAAGACCCAAGGCUCUAGAACAGUGACACAAUCUUCCAGAGAGACAAAUGAAGAUUAUGAAAAUUAUCAAAAUUUGCAUCCUGUUCAAACAAAAGAAAAUGACAAGGGUUUAGACCCAACCACCAGCCAAUCAGAUUCAGUCUACCAGAAUCUGUCCUAUAUCAAUAAACAUUAAGAUUCUUGAUACUUCUGUUCGCUAGCCAAGUGGACUGGUUUGAGCUGUCAAACUGAUUAAUGUAACCCCAUUGUUUGUUUCUUUCUGCAAGUUUUUGUAUCUUUUUUUUGGGAAAUACUCUUUUGUGCUUUGGAUCAUUUCAAAUGUUUUUUUAUGAAGGACAAAUCACACACUCUUUGCAUUGUAUGGUUGAUAAUGGAAGUCUCAAGGUAGCUAGUCAUGUGAAUAACGAGAGUUGCUCUAUAAAGAUAUUCAGCUCAUGUCUGGCUUUAUUUUUAAGCCUGGCACUUGAUUCCCGUGGCUCAGGCCAUGGCUCAUCAUGGGGCUCAAAGUUGGUGGAGUAUGAGAAAGUGAAUCCUCUAUCUCUCUCCUCCUCUGCAACUCCAAAGGUCGCAUUUUGGACUUGGAAGCUUGUUUCACAAUUUCUUCCUAGCAAAACAACAACCUAAUGUUGUCUGCAUCCUUUAAACAGUUGGUAAAGUAAGUUUUCAAAUCAGAUUUAAUCGGUAUUUGCAACUUUGGAACUUUGUAGUAUUAAAUUUUAAUUAUUUCUCAUAUUGCCCUCCAACUACUUUAUUGUAAAUCCACAAACAGGCUCUAAGCAGGAUCUAUGAUGCACUUAAGAAAUAUAAUUCAACAUCAUUAGAUCUACUGAAAAAUUAUGUAGAGAAAGGUGUAGACAAACCAUAUUCUAAGGACAACUGUGACAAAAUAAUUCAGGGACUUUAUUAAUCAACCAUUUGCCUUAGACAUGCUGUAAUACAAUUUGGCCUAACAUCAGACUUUUUAAGAUUAAAGCUGACAGAUCCCACAUGAUAGAUGACAGCAAUCUCCCUCAGCUCUGCUGCAUAUGUUCUGGACAUGACAUAUGUUCUAGACCUUCUCUGGGCUUUUUGGAGAGGUGGUAAAGUAUAGAGCCAUCUCCAUUUAUUGCAUUGUUUAGUGUGUUCAAACAAUGCAAAAUUAUGAAAAUAAAAGGAAAGUUACAGUUUUUUUGGAUUGCUUAAGCACGAUUUUCAAAACAGGGCCCGUGUUUUCAAAA